AGUUUUUAAUGUAAAUGACAUAAUCCUUUUUUCCUAAAUGAAAUCUUUGAUUUUGUUUGAACUAUGAGAACAUAAGCCACUUUUCCAAACGAAAAUAAAAAAAAAAAUAAAAAACUUUUUCGUUUGGAACAACGGUUUAACGGACGUAAGUCACUUUACCCGGAACAUUUUUCAAAUAAAAGCUGUUUUAAAUUCAAAUAAGCCAUUUUACUCCGAUCAAAGUAUGCUGGAUUUAAAAAGGGAAUCUAAAAGGGGAAACUGAUUUAUGUACACAUAAGCCAUUCUAAUUUGGGUUUUGAAAGCGUAAAUACGGUCGUUUGAUAAAAGUGAAAUAAGUAUAUAUAUUAUUAAAUCGUUGUAAGGGUAUUUAAGUGAAAGAAUUUUCUAUAAUAUAUAUGUAAGAGUCUGGAAAAGAAAACAUUUUAAAGAAAAAAAAAGAAGCUUUAAACAAAAACAAAAAAAAACCUUCGCAAUAAUUGUGUUCUAUUUAUUAUCAUAAACAAAAAGUUUUUUAACAUCAAAAUGAAUAGAGCAAUGCAAAUGAUUCUUCUUGCACGUUUGAAAGGCGUUAAGAAUAAGAAUCCUGAACCUAAAGGUAUGUUUGUUUUUCUCUGUCUUUGUCGUUUAAGUGUCAUAUAACUAUAUGUACAUUAUGUGAUUGAUCGUGUUUUAUUUUUUAAUUUUCAUUUUAUACAAAAUACAUAUAAAUAAACCACAUACAUUAUAUUAAGGGUAUUCAUGUUUAACACUAAGGCCCAGUUUUUCAGUAGUGAGUUAAGCCAGGAUUAGUUAACUCAAGAAAAAGAUUUGUCUAUAUUUACGUCAAGAAGCAGUUUUUAAGUGAAGGAUGAAUGCAAAAAGGCUUACAAAACAAGGAAGAUAAAAUAUCAAAAGAAUUGUGUGUGUUAAUCCAGAAUUCACUCACCAAAUUUGGUGAGUUAACUCGAGUUUAACUCUAACCCUGCACUGAAAAACUGGCCCUAAGAUAAGGAUUUAGCUGCGGAAAAUUAUUAAUAAAAUGUCUUUGAUAAACUUAACCAAACGUUGUGACUAUUAAAUUAUACACCAACAAUCGCUCCUUUUUUCGGAAUAGUUAUUAAAUUUUUAAAUCAUAAAAACCAAGUUAAAGAUAUAAUUGAAUUAAUUUAAGUAUUUUGCUUACCUGCAUCCUUGAACUAAUUUUUAUAAAUGUUUGUAUAAGCUUAUACCUAUUAUAUUUGACAUUCAAUGCACAGAGAUUCAAUUAUUACACAGCAUAAAAGUUUGCCGUUCAUGCAAACUUUUAUGUAAAGUAAAUUUAUAAUUUUAACAAUUUUUACAACUUGGAUGAAUUGAAUACCCUUAUUAUUAUUGGUAUACCAGUAUUAAAUUCUUAAGAAAACAAAGAUAUUUUUCUUUAAAUAAUAAUAAAAAGCAGAUCAUUCACGUUGGAAAGAAAUAUUAUUUUCGAUUUAAAGUUAUAUAAAUGUAGUAUCUUAUGAGUUCGUUUUCCAUAAAGAUGAAAUGGGUUUAAUUCCAAGCUGCUCUGUGGAGAACCUAAGAACUUCAACUCGUCCUAGGGAGUUUGAUGAAACCGAGAUAUUUGUGCCAGUUGUGGCUAAUGAAACAGCUACAACCAGUGUCAAUGCCCUGACAGAUACAAUCAUCACAGAUUUGAAAUCUACAUUCGCCACGGAUAUGAUGUCAGAUGAAUCAAUUAACGAAGAUGAUGAUGAUAGCGUUAAAGAUCCAGACUUUCUUUUGCCAGAAAAAUCACCACAAAGUUUAUUUUCGGGCUCAGACAUUGAUGAUAUGGCCACCCAAUUAGAACAAAAUUUAGGUUCAGAAGAUCAUAUCCCAGGAAAUAGUAAUUUAAGCCCUGAGACUGUAUCAACAAAAGAAUCACGAAAGGGAAGACGUCAAAAACGAAAUUUAGGUCAGAACUACUUAACUAGUACUGAAAAAACGUUCCUGCAAAAAGGAUGA